GGCUCUUAAAGGGGCUACACGGGCUGUGUUCCACUUGCAGACCCAAACAAAACAAGGCGCGCCUCCUUCGCGUGCAGGGCUGCUUGCCCCUUUUGCGUUUGUGUUCUACUUGCAACUUUAGGGCUCCACGCGGACCCUGAGACGGAACGACUUGUAUGGAAAUCCUCCUCGUCCCCAAGGCAGCCACCAUUUUUCCAGCACCGAGCUGUGUGCACCGCCUGUGCACAGAGAAGCCCUGGUGCUCAGGAAGCGCUCUGUAAGGCCUUGCUGUGCUUUGUGAAAAUUGCCACCACAACCUGAAAAUUCGCGCUGCUUCCUACACCGCCCUCCCUGCCUGGGCACCUUCCAAGGGAAACAACUGUCACACUCGGCUGAGACCCAGUGUAUGAAGGGACGUGUUGCAAGAUCAAUCAACAUUGAGACGCACAUGCUUUUUGCCCUCCUAGGGUCACCUUCCUCAGGAAGCCUUCUCUGAUGUCACUGCCUGAAUGUCCCAUCAAUCCAGUAAUUGGAGUGACUCACAGGGCUGUCUGUCAUCGCCGCUCUUCACCAAGGCGGAAACUGAGGCUCGCAGCAUCACCGACGUGCCCGACGCCACCCACUACAAAGCUGUCGAGUCGGACCUGUACCCGGUCCCACCUCAGGGGCGCACUUUUAACCCCGCCGCGGUACUCGGCCUCCCCGCAGGGCCGGGCCACAGCGGGGCCACCUGCGACCUCUGCGGGACUUUACCAGAUGACGCACCGGAGACAAGCCCACGCUGCGCACCCACUGGGGCGGCGGGUCUGCGGGCGCGCGGGGCGGGGCCUACUGCCUGACGCGCAACUGAGCUGAGCGGGGCUUGAGUGUAGACAGGCAGCUAGAGGGACCUGGCCCUAGCAGAAAGGGGCGGACUUGAUAGACUGCGGGCGGGGCCGCAUUCUGGGCUAACUGAGGGUGAGACUUGUGUUUGACAGGCAGGCCCAGUCCGGCGUCUAAUAGGCAAGGGACGGGCCCUGGAGACGGGCGGGCCAAUCGGCGUGCGGGGGCGUGGCCUGCGUCCGCGCAGUACAGCCCGGGCCCCCGCGGCGGUGCUCAGUUCGGCUCCGGCGCCGCCCGUCGUGUGUACGUCCCAGUUGCUGUCGCCGCCGCUCUUUGCCUGGUCUCUGCGCCCAGGCCGUCUGCCCGCAGCCAUGAACGCGCUUGGCCCCGGUGGUGCCCGCCGUCCUCUAGAUUAGUUCCCCCCCCUCUGCCCCUGACCUGUCUGCAGCAUGGAGUCCCCUGCCUCGAGCCAGCCCGCCGGCAUGCCCCAGCCCAAAGGAAAAUCCAAGAGGAAGAAGGACUUACGAAUAUCCUGUGUGUCCAAGUCACCUGCACCCAACCCCACACCCCCCCGGAACCUGGAUUCCCGGACCUUCAUCACCAUCGGAGACAGAAACUUUGAGGUGGAGGCUGAUGACCUAGUGACCAUCUCGGAACUGGGCCGGGGAGCCUAUGGAGUGGUGGAGAAGGUGCGGCACGCCCAAAGUGGCACCAUCAUGGCCGUGAAGCGGAUCCGGGCCACCGUGAAUUCACAGGAGCAGAAGCGGCUGCUCAUGGAUCUGGACAUCAACAUGCGUACAGUUGACUGCUUCUACACCGUCACCUUCUACGGGGCCCUCUUCCGAGAGGGAGACGUGUGGAUCUGCAUGGAGCUCAUGGACACAUCCCUGGACAAAUUCUACCGGAAGGUGCUGGAUAAAAACAUGACAAUUCCAGAGGACAUUCUGGGAGAGAUUGCUGUGUCUAUAGUGCGGGCACUGGAGCACCUGCAUAGCAAGCUGUCGGUGAUUCACAGAGAUGUGAAGCCCUCCAACGUCCUCAUCAACAAGGAGGGCCACGUGAAGAUGUGCGACUUCGGCAUCAGCGGCUACUUGGUAGACUCCGUGGCCAAGACAAUGGAUGCCGGCUGCAAGCCUUACAUGGCUCCUGAGAGAAUCAAUCCGGAGCUGAACCAGAAGGGCUACAAUGUCAAGUCUGAUGUCUGGAGUCUUGGCAUCACCAUGAUUGAGAUGGCCAUUCUACGGUUCCCUUAUGAGUCCUGGGGGACCCCAUUCCAGCAGCUGAAGCAGGUGGUGGAAGAGCCAUCCCCCCAGCUCCCAGCUGACCGUUUCUCCCCUGAGUUUGUGGACUUCACUGCACAGUGCCUGAGGAAGAACUCUGCGGAACGCCUGAGCUACCUGGAGCUGAUGGAGCACCCCUUCUUUACUUUGCACAAAACCAAGAAGACGGAUAUUGCUGCCUUCGUGAAAGAGAUCUUGGGAGAGGACUCAUAAGGACUGGGCCUUGGACCCCUCUCUGGCCCUCCAGAGUCCACAGCCUCCUCUGCUUGGACAGUGUGUGCCCCACCCAUAAGCUACGGCCACCCUGGCCUGGGGUGCCUGGGAGGAAUCCAGGGGGCUGUUCCUGCCUGGCUCUGCAGUGAGCCGUUUGUCCCAAGUGCCAAAGAACCACACCGCUGGGGGCUCAGACAGACCCCACCAGUGCCUCUGCCCUGAUGCUCUGAGGACCCCAAGGCUCCAGCUGCUGAGACCCUGGACAUAGGGGGCCUGGAUGCCCUCUGCCAGAUGCUGCUGCCCCUCACAGAGACAUAGCCAGUGCCAUGUGGACAGGCUGCUGCCUUGCCCAUCUUGGAUACCACCCAAGUUGUAUAUUUUUUUAGCUCUCAACUGAAUGGACUUUGCACACUUUGGCUCAGGGCGGCCACACCUCUGUCUUGGCUUUGGUGUAGGGGACAAAGUAGGGGGAUAAGCCAUGUGAAUCCUCCUGAGACUUCCACAAGGGAGAGCCGUGAACUGCCCUGGCCUCCCCCCAGCACUGGCAAAUAGGGCCUCUUUGUUACCUAGCUCUGCCCAACACCUUUAGGGGUGUUGUUUCACCAUUUCUUUGUUUUUAUUUUUUGUAAUUUAUCCCUCCCCCCUUUUUUCUUUGCUUUGUGGGUUUGGCUAGUUUUUCUUGCAUGGUUUGGAGCUGAUCACUUCUUUCCCAGCCCUCUGCUCAAGGCUGGGGUCUAGGGGAUGGGCCAAGGUCUCUACUUAGGCACCAAGGGAGCCUGCCGGGUGCACUGUCCUUGGGGACCGGCUUGAUAAGGGGAUAUGGAUUUGUCUUGGUGGUGUUUUAAAAACAAACAAAAAAAGAAAAUAUAUUUUUUUGAAGAAA